CACAGGAAAAUUUCUAUCUUCAAAUCUGGUAAAUUUUCGUACUUUUGUGAUGAAAUGAAGAGAUUAAUGCUCACCAUUUUACUUUUACUUUUGAUAUUUGAUAUAUCUAAUGCUUCUUCAAAGAAGGGGUUGGCACUUUCCGGUGGUAGUGCAUACAUGUGCGGAGAUGAGUUUGCUUUUACCAAUGUGCACUGGUGGUACGACUGGCACAUGUCACCAUGGGAACAUCAUAAACUAAAUUGUUCAAAUACUAUAAAGUCAGGCUACGUUCCAAUGGUAUGGGGAAUUCGUCCACAUGUUGAUACUCCAGUAUACAUACUAGAUCAAGCUCAUUAUGUACUAGGCUUCAACGAACCGAACUUUCCGCAACAGUCCAAUAUAUCUCCACAAGAUGCAGCAACUCAUUGGAAGACAAUAGAAAAUAAAGGCCAUGGUAAGGUGUUAGUGGCUCCAGCAGUAGCGCCCUGUACUCAUUGUAAUAUGAAUCCGUUUGAAUGGCUGGAUCAAUUUUUCCAACACUGCAAUGGCUGCAAAGUUGAUCAUAUUUCUACUCAUGCAUAUUGGUGUCACGCUGAUCAGAUCAUGAACUAUUUAAAACAAUUAUGGGACAGAUAUCACAAACCCAUAUGGCUGACGGAAUUCGCUUGUCAAUAUAGCACUUCAACUACUACUCAACUGCAUUUUAUGAAGGAGAUUCUUCCGAAAUUAGAAGCUGCAUCCUAUGUCUACCGAUAUUCGUGGUUUAAUAGUAGACGAACCGGAGACGCACAUACAACAAAAGCUGUUAGUCUUCUCCACCAACAUUCCCCAACACUGACAACACUUGGACAAUACUACAAUAACUUCAUGUAA